CCGCUGGGUACCGUGUAUACGCAUUGUAGCCUUGAAUUCCAUUUCAUUCAUAAAUUUUCUUUCAUUUGAUGUGACUAAACUAAGGACUAAACGUAAACUUUAAAUCGGUAACUAGAAACAUCAAAGUGUACACGUCCGUCUCGACAAUAUUAUGUCCCAUCGCGAAAAGUGUUUACACCUUAGUUUUGAAGCUAUCGAAAUGUAUGCAUCGUGUGUUGUGUAGUGUAAUGGUGUUCCUAAUGUCAAAAUAAUCAUCCAUUCAUUUUUCUAAACACAAUCAUGGCUGACGAUUUUAAAGUUAGGCUGGAGGAACGUCUUAAAAUCAAAAUCGGGGAGGUUAAAAACUUACCUGCCAGGUUACACGGAUCGGCUAUUCAAAGGGAUGUGUAUUGUACAUUGAGUUUGGACCAAGAGGAAAUAUUUAGGACUUGUACAGUGCAUCAAACUUUGAGUCCGUUUUUCGGCGAAGAAUUUCAAUUCGAAGUGCCGAGAAAUUUUCGCUUCAUCUCCAUCUACGUCCUAGACAGGGACAGGCAUCUGAAGCAGGACAAAGUUUUAGGGAAAGUGGCGAUCAGACGGGAACAGCUGUCGUCGUACAACAACAAGGACCAUUGGUUUCCCAUCAAAGCGGUAGACGCCGAUUCCGAGGUGCAGGGUAAGGCGAAUAUCGAAAUCAAAUUCGAGGCUGAAGCGAACAAACGAAGGCUGCUAGUACAGGUGGUGCGAUGCCUGGACCUGACGCUGAAGAACGGCUCGUGCGAUCCGUACGCGUUGGUGUGCGUAACGUAUACGAACGGUAAGAGCGUAUCGAAAAGGACGAAAGUGCGGAAAAAAACGACGAGUCCGCAAUUCGACGAGAUAUUCGCGUUUUCGAAUUACGACGGUAAGGACACAAUGUGCGAGGGGGACGCGGAAAUUUGCGAAUUGCACGUGUCGAUGUGGCACGACACGCCCGGCAUCGGCGACGACGUUUUUUUGGGGGAGGUGCGCGUCCAGCUGAGGGGGAUGCAACAGCAGAAUUCGGCGCACAGGAACGCUUGGUACUACCUUCAGCCACGAUCGGCAAAAAAUCGACCGUUUUUAACUCAUUCAACACCUCCCGGUUCUCGUCUCUCGAGUGACAACUCUUUAGGAUCUUUAAGGCUUCAAAUCCAGUAUACAGAAGAUAGGGUAUUUCCCUCUUCUGUAUACGACGGACUGAAAAAUCUCUUAUUAGAAAGUACAAAUAUUCAACCUAUCACAGCUACUUCCGUUUACGUCCUCGGCGAAAUUAUCAACAAAAUGGACAUUGCACAGCCUUUGGUGAGGAUCUUCCUGCAUUACGAUAAAAUAGUACCGAUCAUUAAAUCCCUAGCUAACGUAGAAAUCUCCAACGUUACGGACCCCACGACGAUAUUCAGGGGGAACACAUUGGUUUCGAAAAUGAUGGACGAGGCUAUGAGGCUCAUAGGCUUACAGUACUUGCACAAAACCUUAAGGCCGACUUUAGAACUGAUUUUCAACGAAAGAAAACCUUGCGAGAUCGACCAAACUCGCGUGAGAGACGCCACCACCAUUGCCACCAACCUAGCCAACCUUAAGUGCUACAUUCAAAAAAUCUUCGAAGCCAUAACUCAGAGCGCCGUCCACUGUCCGGCGUUGAUGUGCCAGAUUUUCCACAAUUUGAAAGAGUGUGCCAUGAAGCAUUUCCCAGAAAACAAAGGAGUUCGUUAUUCGGUCAUAUCAGGGUUCAUUUUUUUGAGGUUCUUCGCUCCCGCCAUAUUAGGUCCCAAAUUAUUUGAUCUCACCAACCAACCUUUGGAUUGCCAGACGAACAGGACGCUGACGUUGAUAUCGAAAACGAUCCAGUCGCUGGGCAAUCUGGUUAGCUGCAGGUCGACGCAGCAAGUAUGCAAAGAGGAAUACAUGGAAGGGCUCUACAAGGAAUUCUACACGGAAUCGCACAUGACGGCCGUUAGACAAUUUUUAGAAAUCAUUUCGGCCAACACGUCUAGUCAGCAGGUCAUCGAAAACGAUUUGCCUGUUACGUUGAAGGAGGGACUUAUGAUAAAGAGGGCGCAAGGAAGAAGAAAAACGUUCGGACGGAAAAAUUUCAAACAGCGCUUCUUUAAACUUACAACGCACGAUCUCAGCUACUCGAAAAGUCGCGGUAAAGACGCGUUGUGUCGAAUACCUUUGACGAAUAUUCUGGCGGUGGAGAGACUGGCCGAAACGUCGUUCAAGAUGAAGAAUAUGUUUCAAAUCGUCCAGCCCGAGAGGGCGCUGUACGUGCAGGCGGCGAAUUGCGUGGAGGAGAAGGAAUGGGUGGAUUUACUUACGAAGAUCUGUCAGACGAACGCUAAUAGGCUUAAGAAGUAUCAUCCGAGCGCUUUUAUCGGCAGCCAGUGGUUGUGUUGCAAAUCGCCCAAUGAGCUGGCGCCCGGUUGCAGCGAGGUGUCGCCGACGGACAGCAAUUACCGGAUGAAUUUGGAUCCCGAAAGGGACCUGCAACGCGUCCACACGCUGGUGAUAUCCCACUUGCAAACGCUCGAAAGCGUCAUCGACUUGUGUGCGGCCAAGGCGCAAGGGGGCGCUACCGAGGCGACUACGGUGGGCGACAUCUUGCGGCGGUUGCGGGAAGUGGCGUUCCAAAUCGAACAAAAGCACAGAAUUUACAAGCGGACAAUGGACAGGAAUACCAAAUACGGCAGUCUAGCGGCACCUAUAGGAGACGAUAAUUACCUACUGGCCUCACGUUUGAACGUCGACAGUUCGAUAUUGCGACGAUGCGUUUCGAGCGAACCAGCAUCCUGUCCCUGACGCAUCUAAAUAUUCUUUUUUUAUGAGUAUACACAUUUUUUUGUAAGGAAAGCAAGCAAACGAUUGUACAUUAACGAGUGUAAUGCGUUUACGUAAUGAUGAUUCUCAAUUCGAAGACUGCUAAGCUAGGGAACCGUAUACGGGUCGUUCCGAAACGUCUGGGUAAUCUAUAUAUACUUUUUCUACGACUUGAAAUUUGUUUGUGUGGAUUUUCGCUUAGCAAUUGUUUCGGAACGGCCGGUAUCAUGACAAACAGACUAACACCAGUGCGUAAGAGAGCAAUACAGAAUAUAUUUUACGUGUGGAUGAUUUUCGUUUGUGGAAAUGUUUAUUUUCUGCUGGAGGUUUUUUUUUCGCUGAUCUGUGAUAAAACUGGAUAAGAUUUGGAUUAUAUUGAAUAAGUGAAAAAUUUAAUAAUUUUAUACAUUUGAGCCAAUCGGUACUUUUUACAUCUUAUUUUGAUAAAAU